GCCCGGCCCUGCAGAGCGGAGGUCUGCGGGCUCCAGUUUAGUAAAGCGCAUGCAAACCCGGCCAGAAGCCACCGCACUUAUCAGCAGAUCUCAUGAUUGUUUGGUAAAGGCUCUGCGGGUCUACACAGGUCACCUCCCUCGGAACUCUGCGACUCCACGUCGAAGCCAGCCCUCGGCCCCACUGCAGUCGGGCGGUUACAGCCGCGGGAGACCUGGAGGCGGUGGCAGCGGCCCAGGAACUAGCAGCAGCGCCCGGGAAAGAAGCAGAAAGAGAAGAGUAUUGUCUCCUAGGAAUCCAGCCCUGGAGAAACGAGGAAAAUUCUUCCCAGGAUGGUCUCCCAUUCAGAGUUGAGGAAACUUUUCUGUUCAGCUGAUGCAGUGUGCUUUGAUGUUGACAGCACAGUCAUCAGAGAAGAAGGAAUUGAUGAGCUGGCCAAAUUCUGUGGAGUUGAGGAUGCUGUGUCAGAAAUGACACGGCGAGCCAUGGGCGGGGCAGUGCCUUUCAAGGCUGCCCUCACAGAGCGCUUAGCUCUGAUACAGCCCUCCAGGGAACAGGUGCAAAGGCUUAUAGCAGAGCACCCACCACACCUGACCCCCGGCAUAAGGGAGCUAGUAAGUCGCCUACAAGAGCGAAAUGUUCAGGUUUUUCUAAUAUCUGGAGGCUUUAGGAGCAUUGUGGAGCAUGUUGCUUCAAAGCUCAACAUCCCAUCAACCAAUGUAUUUGCCAACAGGCUGAAAUUCUACUUUAAUGGUGAAUAUGCAGGUUUUGAUGAGAUGCAGCCAACAGCCGAAUCUGGUGGGAAAGGAAAAGUUAUUAAACUUUUAAAGGAAAAAUUUCAUUUUAAGAAAGUAGUCAUGAUUGGAGAUGGAGCCACAGACAUGGAAGCCUGUCCUCCUGCUGAUGUUUUCAUUGGAUUUGGAGGAAAUGUGAUCAGGCAACAAGUAAAGGACAACUCGGAAUGGUACAUCACUGAUUUUGUAGAGCUUUUGGGAGAACUGGAAGAAUAAGAUCAGUUUUUAUACAGUUCAUAGCAACUUCAGGUUAAUUUUUAAAAGUUAUACAGUUUGAUACUGUUUGCUUCCAAUUGCAUAUUAGGACUUAAUAUAUAAAUGUAGUACUGAUUAUCUGUACUUCCAAGUAAACUAUAGUUAGGGCUCGUAGAACAUUGUGGUUCUUUUUUUUUUUUUUUAACUGUAGUUCCGGUAUUAUUAUGACCAUUUAAUUACCUGGAGAGUUUUAUAAUUUGAAUUUUUUAUGUAUUUUCCUAGCUAUAUUUUAUUUGAAGGCUUUUGAAGGUGGAUAGUAAAUUAAACACCUUCAUUAUUGGAAAUAUGGAUUAGGCAGCUUUAAGUGAAAUUGGUUUUCCCUUUAUAUAUAAAUAAAAGUUUAUCCACAUAUCAGAA